CCUCAUCUGCGGCGGCGGAGGAAAUUUGGAAGAGCAUCAGAGGAAAAUGUCGUCCAAUUAUAGUGAGAAGCAUACUUUCGAAGCCGAGUGGUUCGAUCCGGUUGCGUCUCUCCUGAAAAAGUUUCUCCUCUACUACUUUCCUGCUGAUAAUACGGUAGAAAUUUACGAUAUUAAGAAUAGGAAAGUAUUUCUACGUCGAACAAAAUGCCAAGGAAUUACUGCGAAAGAUUUCUACGUCGGAGGAAUGGUACACAUAUUUUCACGAUGCCUAAAGAUAAAGGAUUUUGCAGAUGGCGCGACCAAAGCGAAACUUGCCGAUCAGAUGGAAAGAACAUUGGCGAUAAUCAAACCGGAUGCUAUAGAUAAAAUGGGAGAAAUAUUGAAACGGAUAACGAGGAACAACUUUCAUAUAGGAAAUGUUAAAAUGGUCCACAUGACCAGAGACGAGGCUGAGGAAUUUUAUAACAAAGAUAGAGGACAAAGCAACUUACCAAUGUUGCUGAAGUACAUCACGUCAGGUCCAAUUUUGGCACUCCAGCUUAUCGGCGAACAGGGAAUUGACAAAUGGCGAGAACUGAUGGGACCGAUGGACAGCGUGGAAGCUCGAGAAACCGCUCAGAAUUCAAUUCGGGCUUGCUACGGCAAAGACAAUAUCUAUAACGCUGUGCAUGGGUCGGAUUCAACGGAAAGUGCAGCUAGAGAAUUGAGAUACUUCUUUCCUGAUGCAAAGGUCAGGAGCAGGAGUAUCAAGAACACCGCAACGCUCAAGAACUGCACCUGCUGCGUGAUAAAACCACACGCCGUUCAGUCGCGUCUUAUUAGUUACAUCAUCGACGAUAUACAAAAGGCAGGAUACACAAUAUCAGCUGUACAACAGUUUUACGUAGAUCCUACAAACGUCGAAGAAUUUCUGGAGGUCUAUAAAGGAGUUUUACCCGAAUAUGGGGCAAUGGUCACAGAAAUGCAGUCUGGACCCUGUGUUGCGAUGGAGAUCACGCACAGCCACCGUGGAAAAGAUGUGCCAACGGAAUUCAGGAAGUUAUGUGGCCCCAUGGACCCCGACAUAGCGCGGCAGUUGAGGCCGGAAACCCUGAGAGCAAAGUACGGGAAGAACAAAGUCCAGAAUGCUGUUCACUGUUCCGAUUUGCCGGAGGAUGGAUUACUGGAGGUAAAUUGAGUAAAUUAAAUCCUUUAUUUCAUCCUGUGAUUCCUUUUUAUAUUUUUAUAUUCUUUACAGGUUGAAUAUUUCUUCAAGAUACUGGCCGAUGGUUAGGAGAUUUCAACGCUGUCACUACAUCCGCAAAUUUGACAUACAUUGUAAAUUAAAACUUCGUUAUAA